AUGUCUACACAUAGCGCUGUAGCGACCGUGGGCAUCAAAGCACCCCUCGCCUUAAUCCAAGUACCUACAAUCCAGCCAACUGGUGAGCAAAUCCGAUUGCGCGUCGAGUGGACAGCUUCAACCCCGUUGGACCUGCACCAGAACGAUGGUGGUCUUCUGGUCAAGCAUCCGCAAGUGCUGGGCGACACCACAGCUGGCACAGUCGUCGAAGUAGGGCCAGAUGUGAAGAACCUGAAAGUUGGCGAUAAGGUUUUUGGAUUUACAUGGCGAAACCAGGCAGAGAAAGCGCAGCAGGAGUAUUGCACGGCAGAGGAGUGGCUAUUCGCGAAGUUGCCCGAAGGCAUCACUAUGUCCGAGGCUGUGACGCUGCCAGAUAACUUCGUGACGGUGUUCCACACACUUAUCACUGAUCUUGGUAUCGAAACGCCAUGGCCGAAGCCGAAAGAGUAUGUCCCGGAGAACGUCGACACGCCGAUAUUAAUAUGGGGUGGAUCAUCAUCCGUUGGCCAAUUUGCGAUCCAGAUACUUCGGUAUUACGGAUAUACUAGUAUCCUAGCAACCGCAUCGCGCAAGCACCAUGUAAAGCUGCAAGAUUUGGGUGCACAGGAAGUCUUCGAUUACAACGAUUCAGAAGUUGUAUCCACCAUCAUCAAAGCAGGAGGAGAGGCCGGUAUCCCACUUGUCUUCGACUGUAUCGGCAGCAAAUUCGGAAGUAUAGCACCAAUAUCUCAGAUCGUACAGAGCGGGGCGAAGGUCGCAAUCUUGCUCCCUAUAAUCGUGCGCGACUCGAGCGAGACGCAGGAUCCGGAGUAUGCGAUGGAUAUCAAGGCAGCAGCGAAUUGGCAGGAUGGGGUAGACGCGAGGGGCGUCAGGACGCAUUUUUACCUAGACAACGAGUUCUUCAAAUACCACCUUCAGCCAGAGAUCAUGUACAGCAUGCUCAAAGACGGUAUCGUAAAGCCGCAGAAGCAGAAGAUUGUCGAAGGGGCGACGUUGCUCGAGAGGGCACAGAAAGCAAUGGAUAUGCUGAGGCGGAAAGAAGCGAGUAUGGAGCGCUUAGUUUGGCGGGUCUGUGAUGCGUAA